AUGUCUAGCCUCCCUAACUUACGGAAUUCUUUGCCCCGUAAAGGAAAACACUGGUCGUACAAUGUUCUUGAAUGCGUGAUCCAGCGAGGACCUCGGAAUGGGAACUUUAAUCUUCAUAUCGUUGGAGGAGCCGAGAAUGGGGAGUUUAUUUGUAUUGGAGACGUUAAACAGGAAAAAUUGCGGUACAGAAGGGGAAAGAUUCUCCCAGGAGAUGUAGUAUUGGAAAUAAAUGGGACACCAGUCGCUGGGUAUACUCAAUUUGAUGUCUUGCCUUUGAUCAAAAGUUCGAGAGAAGCAGUUACUCUACGAACCGUAAAACCAGGUACGAUAAAGUGUUUGCGUUAACUGUCGUAAGUUAACUGCAUAAUACUAUACAAGUAUCAGCCACGACUAUGAUAAAUUCAGCUUGUGUAUAUCACUGGCCGUAAUUUAUGUAGCGGUUUUAAAUGCUGGAAACACUUAGACAAACUUAUGUAAAAAAAUAAAUAAAUAAUUGGAAUGCCAGUUUAAAUAUCUUGCUGAUUGAAUGAUUCACGCGACAGGAAUGCCGUGAAUAUUGAUUUUAUCUGAAUUUUACACCAGUUUGCAUCUUUUAGUCGAAAAUAGCAGAGCCUAUAUAGUGUAAAUCUGUCAUUUCGCAGUUAAUAACUACCUUCAAAAUUUUAUUGGGCUUAUAUGAUCAUAAGCCAUCAUAAGGUGAUUUCAAAUUUCUGGGGGAUUAAUUGGGCCUGAUAUAAUUUGGGUCAUUGAAGUUGUUUCUAAUCUUAUCCAAGAUGAUACAUAUUGUAUUCUUGUAAAGGAUGGUGAGUUUAAAUCCAACGGAUGUUAUAUAGUGGUAUCAUUCAAUGACCUUGAAUAGCAAUUUCCACUUUUUGAUCAUAAAAUAAAUUCAGCAUUUUUGGCCCCUUUCAAAAUUUAGAGCAUCAUGUGAUAAUAAUGUUUAAUUUAUUUUUGAGUUAUGAUAUUGCUAGCAAUCCUCCAAAUCCUGCCUUAAAACAUUUUUGAAUAUUAAUUCCUUAGCCACCCAUCCUUAAUACACUGUACAUUAUAAUAUACGAGUUCUCUCUGCAAAAUUUGUAGUGUUGUUUGCUAAUCAGUUUAUUUUUACUUACUGAAAGUACAUCAUACAUGCUUAAAAAUACAUGUAUUAGCUCAUCUGGAAUAACUUUUGAAAUAGUUCUCAGUUUCUCAUGGAAGUGGCUCAUGACCUAAGAAUGCAACAGACUGGACGAUGACUAAUGAACACGUCCAUCAGUUGGCUAAACUUCUGAUCUUACACAUAUAUGCCAUUUGAGAUGCUAAAAAAAUUGUCUGUUUAACUGUUUGUUUACUUAGAACAGUAAAAAAGUGUAAUGUAAACACUUUAACCUAUAAUCAACUAAGUCUGUGUUUGUACUAAAACAGGAGUAUAGAAUGCCUUACAACAUAAUUUGUUGAUCUGCCUGUGCACGUGGCAGGUGGUCAUGAUAAUAAGGUACAUGAUAUUAUAUUGAUCAUGACCACAAAAAUUAUUAGUAUUCUGUGCUGGCAAGAGCGUAAGAGUGGGUUGCCACUAUUUUAACAAUUAUUGAAUACAUCUAUUUUUAAUACUUGCCUUGGAUAACAUCAAGGAAAUAAAUUUUUGUUGGACUCUAAAACAAAAUUUAAUGUUCCUCUUGAUGAAAUGCCUUCCUUAAAGAUCUUUUUCUGUACUUGCAGGGGAACAUAUCACCAGAGACCUUCAAAAGUACCUGUCAACAAGGUUUGACAAGGAUUCAGUUGAUAGCAACUUACAGCAAACUAUCAGAGAUAAUCUUUAUAACAGAACAAUACCAUGUAAGUUUAUUAAACGUUUUAUUUAUUCAUCCUGGUGAAGUACAAUAUUAUAAAUAGUAAUUAUGAAUAAUUAUCACUAAAUGAUGUACAUUAAGUCAUUUGUGAUUUAGAUCAGAAUAUUUCAACUGUCAUGAAUCAUGUUGUAAGGCAGGAUGCUUCACCGUGAAUGGUUAGUUUUCAACAGGACAGCUGUGAUUGGUGCAUUUUGAACCUCACUGUUUCAAUGAGUUGUUCCCUUACUGGGGUGAUGUCAUACAGCUCUCCUCUUUGUAAUGUGUCUCUUGAUUUAUUUUUUGGGUAUCUGUACAUGUUUUGUGCCCCUUUUGAAUUUCUUAGGGUGAAGUCUUAUGUAAAUUGCCUUUUUGAUAGUAUGUGAUUCACUGUACCCUGACCUCUGCUAUCUCAGAACCAGUUGCCACCCCAUCAGACAUCACCCACUUUGUAAUGAAGUAAAGUUUAGUUAAUGGCGUGCGACUCUAAUUGGUAAACACACAGCCCUGGUCUAAAAGGUGAUUCACAUAAGUCUUAACCUUGACAACAUCAACAAGGAUACACAAGAACAGAAAUUCCACAAUUACAAAACACAACAACAGGUGAGCUACAUGACAAUGAACAGUCCAAGGAACAACUCACUGAAAUGGCAAAAAUUGAAAUGUACCAAUCACAGCUUUUGAAGACUAAGGCAUUCCUUUAUCACUCUUCUCAAUCUCCCUCUAUUUGUUUUUAUGGCUUGGUCAAUUUGUUGUCUGUAUUGUACUAUCUGAAUGCCUGGAAUAGGCUAAACUGGACAUAAAGCAAGAUGUCAGUAGUAAAGACAUUAAAGUUAAAAAUUCAAUCCAUCAUCAAGCUAAUAUUAUUUUGUAGGUUAGGUUUUUAAAGGUUGGGAAUUAAGAGCCAGCAGAAGAGUGAAAUUGUAAAUCGAUAUUGCCAUUUUACCAAAUACUGAUUUCUUAAAAAUUUUAAUGAAAUGCACUCUUCUCAUUUCUCCCAUGUACAGUGUACUUGUGAUUGAAAUACUGUGAAUGAUUUUGUUUGUCACUGAUUUUCCACUUUUUAAAAGGUACGACACGGAAACCAAGGAAUGAUGAAAUACCAGGUGAAGAUUAUGUCUUCCUUACUGUUGAGGAGUUUGAAGAACUGGAGAGAAGUGGGGCUUUGCUGGAGAGUGGAAUUUAUGGAGGAAACCACUAUGGUACUCCAAAACCACCAAGAGAACCACUUCCACCAGACAACCUGAUAUAUGUACCACCUAGGAACUCAAGUUCAUUGCAGAAUGAUCGAGAAAGUAAUCACUUUGAUGAUACACUACCAGAGCCAGAAAACUUAGGACAACUACCAUCAAACUGGGAGAUUGCCUACACUGAAGAUAAUGUCAAGUAUUUUAUUGAGUAAGUUGUAUAAUAAAGCAUGAUUGGUGUGAAGGUGCAAAAUAUGUCCCAUGUCCCAUUUUCUUGUCCCAGAAUAGCAAAUUAUUAUAAUUGUUCAUUUUUUCCUUUCAAUUUGUUUAAGAGCUGUUAUGUUUGUUUCUCAAAGUGGCACCCUAGAAUUUAUAAAGUGUUACAGGUCAAAAUUUAUAUUAUUUCAUGUUAAAGUUUUUAACCUACAAUCACAGACAAAAUUAGUUGGGAAGGUUGUACAACUUAACAGUAGUCCGUUUUAAUCCUGAAAAAACAGAGUUUUCUCUUUUGCUAAAUAUCCCCCGUCCCCCCUAUUCAAUGUUGGGAUAUAACAGAACAAUUGCGCGCACAAACAUUAACGUUUUGAUCAACAUUGGGCCAGGGGUGGGGGGAGGAAGAAAAAGAAGAGGUAAAAAAAGGCAACCUUCCCAACACUUUUGACGAUGAUUGUAGGAGAAUAGGAAAUCAACUUUAAACGCAUAUAAAACUUGUCGCAUUUAACAUUUGGUUGAGAUAUCUCGCCCUGGAACUGUGCUGAUAAUGCACUUUCCAAACUAUAUAAAAAAUAUAAUAAAGGUUAUAUUUCGGUAAAAUCAUAAAUACAUGUAGGAGAAUUUUGCAUCUGACGUGCGUGACAUUUCAUAGCGUGACCACAAAAUCCACUGGGUGAAAACGCUUUCUUCUAAGAACGCCAGAAGAAAACAUUUAAGGCCUUUAAUUUUCCUCAUGAAGCAAGAGGACGUUUCCUUCGCGUGGACUAUGUAGAAGGAAUGGCCACAGCUGGUCUGUUUCACCAGAUUUAGCGAGAAGUCAUGAGGGUAUUUUUAAGUAAGAAAAUACUGUACGAUUGCUGUCGUUGUCAUGUAUACAUGCAUCUUUUUCAUCAGCGGCAUUAUUCCUGGUUAACUUUUGUUGUUUCCUAUCAGCCAAAUAUUUUGAAAGAUGUUACAAAUACAAAUGGCAUAAAGGCUGCCACAAUAAAGUUUUUUUUUUUCAUUCCGGCGGUGUUAAACUAUCCUAGAAAAACAUGAAAUUUGUAGUUGUGAGGGAGGAGUGAGAUAAGUGCUGAAUGAAAAUCUUCUAGACUUUAUUUUCGUAAGGCCUGAAAGUAAUACGGAACCUCUAUAAAAGAAAUUAUUCAGCCAUGUUCAGAGUUUAUAUAAAAAUUGCUGUGCUAGCGUCGCCUGUCAAUCAUUCAGAUAAUUUGAGAACAGUAAACAACAUGGGUUUCCACAUUACUCCACCACAUUACUCCAUAAGAAAAUGCGAAAUAUAUGCACAAUGAACCAACUUUCAAACAAGAAAAGGGCAAAAACAUGUAAACCAUGUAAGAAUAUGGACAGCUUUUGUCGCAUUUAUCUACGGGGAUAAAUUUAACAACUGUUUCCCAACAUUACUCCAUUUAAACAGUGCCCCAUAAAGGUCAAUUAGCAAAGUUAGUUUAAUUUUAACGCUAUCCAUGGAGUAAUGUCGUAUUUUACUUAGAAUUAAGCUAAACUGUCUAUUAAAAUUCGUUUGGUUAAGUCCUUGCAAAGCCCCGAACAAGUCCAUUAGGCUAUCUUGUCGUUAGCGCUACUAUAAAGGAAUUAUUUUCGGCUACGAAAAUGGAGUAAUGUGGUGUGUAAUGACUUUGCGUGUGUUAUCCUUUUUAAUUAGGUUAACGAAGACAAUAGACGCCUUAAUCUAAAUCAAGAGCGUACUAUGUUCUCGUUUUCUGAAACCAGUUUCGAAAAGCAGUGCCACAAGGGCUUAACUAGAGUUAUUCAGCUAGAGAAAGUAGCCUCUAGAAUUCAGCAAAUUUCCACUCAGCCUCAUAGUUUGCUCGCGUGGCAAAUGGGCAUGUGCUGAAUGUUGUAAAGAAUGGGGGAGCUGCUAAGGAAUAUGUCAGCUGCAUAUAUGUAGCGAUCCGAAUGAUUUUUUGGGGAACUGGUGAACGCACUAUAUCUUGCUUUAACAUUUAAAGCAUAUCAGCCUAUGCUAUAGUCAAUAGCUUUCACCGAAAAUAAUCUUGCACUUGUAUUUUGGCCCUCUUCCUGUGCCCCAUAAAGAGCAAUAGUUGUGCUUACCGGGUUGCAAAACAUGCCGAAUAUAAACAGGCGUGUGCCCCAAAAAUUGUCUUAACAAGGUACGGCAAAUAUUUUUUUUCAACAGAGUACUGUUUACGAGUGUUUUUUGAAGACGUUUCUACUGACAAAAAGUCGUCGAUUUUUGACCUUUUACUGCCACACCCAGAAUUUUCAGACAAUCACAGACAAAAUUAGUUGGGAAGGUUGUACAACUUAACAGUAGUCCGUUUUAAUCCUGAAAAAACAGAGUUUUCUCUUUUGCUAAAUAUCCCCCGUCCCCCCUAUUCAAUGUUGGGAUAUAACAGAACAAUUGCGCGCACAAACAUUAACGUUUUGAUCAACAUUGGGCCAGGGGUGGGGGGAGGAAGAAAAAGAAGAGGUAAAAAAAGGCAACCUUCCCAACACUUUUGACGAUGAUUGUAGGUUGAUUGACUAUUUUCCAAUUGCCCAUAAUACACUCUGUUUGCCCCCCAAAUUUUGCAUAACUUAUUGUCUUAAAAUGCUCUUGGGAAAAUGCAAUACUCCCAGGAGCAUUUAAAAACAAUGGUUUAUGCAGAAUUUGGGGGGCAAACAGAGUGUAUUAUGGGCAAUUGGAAAAUAGAGAAUUCUCGAUUUUUUCUAGCUACCCUUAAUUUAUUAUUCAUGAAUUUGGGCUAGGAUCGAGAAAAAGAAAGUAAAAAUUGAGAGUCAACCAAGGUUAAAUCAGGGUGCAAAGAAAGUUGGUUUUACGGCUUGCCAUUCAGGCAAGUUGUUGCUAGUAUGUACAUGUACUAGAAUCUUUUAAGUAGCCCAAAAAAAUUUUUGAUGAGCAGUAUUGAUUACAGUUCUUCUGUAAUUUGAAUUUCCCAAAAAACUUCACUUGCCCUUCAGGCAAGGUUAAGAACAGGAUUCACAGCCCAAUUGCAAAAUCCACUAGCCCCGGGAUAUUGGACACAACUUUCUUUGCACGUUGGUUAAAUAAAACCUGAAUUUCAUUCUGACCUGUAACAUAAGCACCAGGCCGAUGAUGAUGAUGAGCAGUAUUGAUUACAGUUCUUCUGUAAUUUGAAUUUCCCAAAAAACUUCACUUGCCCUUCAGGCAAGGUUAAGAACAGGAUUCACAGCCCAAUUGCAAAAUCCACUAGCCCCGGGCUAUUGGACACAACUUUCUUUGCACGUUGGUUAAAUAAAACCUGAAUUUCAUUCUGACCUGUAACAUAAGCACCAGGCCGAAUAAAAAAGUGAAACAUUUAAAAAGUACCCUGGUGUUAACUAAAUGAGUAUUGACAUACAAAAAGGUAGUAACCACCCAAUACUUUAGGUCGCCCUCUAAAUGCAGUGUAUCAUUUUGCAUUUUUAAAUACUUAGAUGUGUUUAAUUUACUGGUAAUGUUGUAAUGUAUGAUUGUUGCCUCUGUUUCUAGCCAUAACACUGGCACCACACAAUGGAUGGAUCCAAGACUGGCGCAAUUGAAAAAAGCUACAGUUGAUGAAUGCAAUGAUGAUGGUAAAGGAACAAAAUUCAAACUCCCACACACAGCCCGUUCGACGUACAUUAUGUACAUUUUGUUUUUAAAAAAAUAAGGGCAAAAAUGUGAAGGCAAAAUCAAAGUAGUGUUAUUUUCCAACUUUCCAAUAAUAAUAACCAAUGAGACAAAAACUUACUGGUCAGAAAAUAUAGCUUUUAUUUGAAGUUUUCCACAUGGUUGUUUUAUACUAUGGAAUCACUCCAGCUACUGUAAAAUUGUAUAUAGUAAUAAUUGUUGUCAUUUGUUUAUGGCAGAGUUACCCUAUGGCUGGGAAAGGAUUGAUGAUCCUAAAUACGGAACCUACUACAUUGAGUAAGUACAAAAUAUAGACAAAACAGUACAUUUUGACCGACUUUUCUUAUUUUCAAUGGUGCAUGUUUUAAUUUCUUUAAAUAAGUUUAAAUUACAAUUUAGUAUUAAAAGUUUAUCACCACAAGUUUAGCAGACUUUUCCAGUCAGUGGACAACUACUUGUACUUCUCCAUGUUCUCAAACUUUGUCCAUAGCUUAAUGCGUUAAACAGUUGUUUAAAGGUGUGAUUGGUUUUUCCAGCAGUUCAGUUUUAAGGUGCCUUAACACAGUUUCUUUAGAACUAGCUGAUUUAACCCUUUGCUGUGCAUUUUAACAUCCUUAUCAUGAUGAAGUAUGCACCCAAUAAGGUUUUAAAAAAGUGCGAAGACACGCUAAGAAGAAGUUCAAAAGAAAUUUGUUAUGUUUUUGUCGUCUUUGACAUCUCACAUGACCUGUCUAAGGAUGUACAGGUGCUAUGCAUGUAUACUUAGGAAGCGAUGUGAGAGUGCUUGUUUUGUUGACUUUCAUAAGCAAUAUAAAUAAACAACAAUAUCUUAAAAUCUACUCAUUGAAAUUUGACAAAGUUUAGCAGAAAUCAUGUUCAUAAAUUUUACACUUAAGCCAAUGAAAGCCUCAAAAUAAAUUUUGAAUGAUUGUGUUUUGUAACACAAUCAAGAAUUCCUUGAAAGCAGUUUUCUUAAAAAUUUCAAAAACUGUUUGUUAUAAUUUGGUCAAUUGGUUUCUGAAAAAAAAUGAUGGUUACUUAUCGUAAGCUGUGUACAAAUUGAUAAGAAUAUCUAGUGACUGGAUAAAGUUUUGCAUAAACGAAGUAAAUUCAAAAUUUCAGGCUAAUGCUUUCAAUCAUCCAUGUUGCCAUGACAAUGAUCUAUAUCUCACUUUUAACCUAAUAAAUGUCAUGUCUUAUAAAUACAGUAGACUCCUGAUAAGUUGAACCUUCAAGGGAAAUCAAAAACAUUUCAAGUUAUCAGAAGUUGAAAGCAAAUAACCAGAUGUAUGGAAAUUGGAUGGGGGAGGAAUGCAAGUGUGACAUACACACUUCACCUCAAGGGCAACAAGGGAUAUAUCGAUAUUUUGAACAAGGAAUUAAGCGACAAAUCUUGAUUAAUCAGUACAGUGCUAAACAUUGUAUUAGAGUUGGACUGACAAAAAAGUAAAGAAGAAUAAAGACAAUUAAAGAAUACACGAUUGUUUUGAGAGAAAUUCAAUGGUACAGUUCUCUGCGUUUUUUCGACUUGUCACCCGCUCAAAUCGUGGUUAGCGUUGUUGAGGGUAAAACUAUAAAAAUGACCAGAAGGGAAACAAGAAUUGCUCUGAGUUAGCAGGAGGUUGGAGUUACCAAAGGUACAAUGUACAGCAAAUGUAUGAAGGAAAUCCAAGGGAAAUCAAGUUUGGUUCGAGUUAGCAUGAGGUUCAAGUUAGCGAGGGUUCGAGUUAUCGGGAGUCGACUAUAAAAUUUAUCUAUGCCAAAUGUGAGUUUGAUACCUGCAACAAGUGUUAAGUAAAACCCUAAUAACAUUAAUGGCAAUGAUCCACAGCCUAUCAAACUGUGUUCAGCAGCCAUAAUAAACCUACCCAACCCCACUCCACCCUUUAUUUCUCCUUUUGCUGGUAAUGCCCAUAACAGGUACCUGGAAUGUUGGCUCAUGGGUUGGAGGAUUUGCUCAUUAUUGGAGCAGUAUUCAAUCUAGGGGGAGGGGGCUUCUGGCUGAACACAGUGAAAGCCCCCUGCGGGAUAUAUACCCCAGGCACCCACCUUCACUCCUAUGAGAAACUGAAAGGAAACUUAAAUGACAUUUCUUUAGAUACAGUGUAAACACUGUGAAGCACUGAAAGAAAAUUACCCUAAUUUGUUUAUUUGGCAUUAAUAAUCACCUGAUAGAGAGGAGAAUUGUGAUUUCACGUUUCCAUGGUAGCAACAUAUUUCUGGAUCACAACAAUGGGGAGCUUAAGCAGCAACAACGGUGACCAUGACAAGAAUGGUGAAAAAGCAAUCAGUUCAUAUUAGCAAAACUUUUUUGUACAUUUCUCAGUCGCCUUUGCAAGUCUGCAACUUGAAACUUCCUAAUUUCAUGUGCCCGCUUUAUUGAGUUGAUGAACACGGCACAGGAAUUUUCUUUUUCUUUAUCUAUAUUCAGUCCUUUCGUAUUCAACCCCAGACAAUUUCGCCAAGAUUUAACAAAUUAAAUGAAAUUGAGUAAGAUCAAUGAAGUUUGAAACAGCGUGAAUUCACUUUUUAAGUGACAUUUUCGCUUUGUUGUCAUCCAGAAAUUUUGCCACCAUGGCAAUGUGACGUAACGACUUCUCCUCUCUAUUAAUAUGUAUUUUAAGCUAUUAAUUUGGUUGUUCCGUUAGUCAUGUCAACAGGAAGACUCAGUUUGAAAAUCCAGUGCAAGCACGUCGGCGUGUUAGUCAAACGAACAGCAUAUCAUCAUACUCCUCCUCAGUGCCACCUCCCCAUGUGGGCCCACCAUCUUUACAGUCAGCAGCUGCAUUAGCUAAAGCACAGGAAGCUGAGGCCCAAUCAAGGUGAUAUCUUUGAUUAAUAGAGUGUCAUUUCUGUUUACUUUAAGUUAAGUGAGAGAUUAAUUUGACACUUACUUAUGCCUGACACAUGUAGCAGUUGAAGCAGUUCCUCUUUCUGCAAAAAGCAGAAAGAGGUUAAAAAUGAAGAGAAAAAUAUUGAUGGCCCACAAAAAAGCUAAAGUGAAUGUAAACAUAGAUUGUUAUUCAUUAAAUGAAAGGUCAGUGAAAAGUCAGGGAAUUUUCAACUUUCAGGUGCAUGAGUGGCAACCCUGUUAUUAUUUUUAUUAUUAUUAUCAUUAUUAUAUCAUGGGUGACGAAUUUUUCCAGUGUUAAUUUCUAAUUUCACAUGUACAAUUACAAAAUUGCCGUGGUAAUGUUUCGUACAUCUCAGUGCCAAGAUGGUGUCAAGAGUUUAAAACGUCAAAAACCCAAGAUUGCAUGUGGAAUUUGAAUUGUCAGCCAUGAUAGUAAUAGGUAAUCAAAUGGUGUACAGUGGAACCUCGAUUUAAACCUCUUUACAAUUCAACCAAGUCCUCGGUAUAACAGAUGAUUUUCUUCAGCCCUGCCAAAAUUACAGAAAAAUGUAUGGAAAAGAAAUGGUAGACUAAUUGCAAGUUCAUUAUCAGCUUUCAUUUUUGAAAAUAGUUAAUCCACAAGUUAGCCAUGGGCACCCUUUGACUGAGUUUCUAGUGCCAUACAUGUAGCUAUAUAAAGCUGAGUACUGAGACAUUGUUCAGAUCUGGGAAUGCUGGAUUUUGUAAAUUAAUUUAUUAUACCUCGAUAUAACAGACAUUUUUGUUGUUUUUUUGAAAAUUCGUUAAAUCAAGGUAUUUGAUAUAACGAACCCUCUAUAUUAGAAAAUGAACAAAUUUCCCCAGUCUCUUGGCACGUACUUCAUUAAAUCGAGGUUCUAUUGUACUCUUGAAAUUAGGGAAUAAUUGUCCGAACCUUAAUAAGGCUCGGAAAAUUUUUAGAAUUUAGACAAAUUGGGCAUGAAAUCACUUCCUUAUUUCACUCAUCACCAUUUUUUUGCACACAUACUUAUUCAUUUUCAGACCUAGUGUUACAAAGCUACCAAAUAUGCUGCUUUUAAUAUUAUUAUUUUGUAAAUAAGAAUAUUCUAGCAAUUUGACCAGCUGUCAUGUAUUGCAAUGGAUUGAAGAUUUGAAAAUAAAACGAGACUUAAGAAAUGAUACAAUUGGUUGCACUGUCAAUAUCGAUAUAACUGCUUGACAAUUUGGGCAAUAUCACCUUUCAUGUGAAAUUUAAACAUGGUAUUAUCUUGCCAAGUAUUGAACAUUUGCAUGAUAAGUAUCAAAUUAUUUUGUAGCUUCCAUCUUAAAAGUCUGGAAAGUUACAUUUUGUUUUUCUGCUUUAUUAUUUGCAGAUGGCCCAAUGUAGAGUUUUCCCAGGCACCUCCCCCAGCCUACACUUUAAAUAGCUAUGACCACCUUUCAAGGUCUUACACCAUUGAUGGUAGACAGCUGCAAGGUGAACUGUUAAGAACAGAGCUUCACAAAGGCAAACGUGGGUUUGGCUUUACCAUAGUUGGUGGAGAUCAGGUUGGUGAGCUUCUACAGGUUAAAAGUAUUGUUCCUGAUGGCGCAGCAGCAAAAGAUGGUCAGCUACGAACUGGAGAUGCACUAGUCAGAGUUAAUGGCAUGUCCGUGUUAUCCAAAAACCAUCAAGAUGUUGUCAGCAUGUUCCAGGCCAUGCCUAUGGGCGAGUCUGUUGAGCUAGAAGUUAUCAGAGGUUACCCUUUGCCUUUUGACCCCGAUGAUCCUAAUGUGGAGACAAUUGGCUCCUACACUGUGGUACAGCGUAGGCCAUCUGCUGGCUCAGAAUCACCCAUGCCCCGAUCUUCAGAAGAGAACAGUCCAACAUUCCCACCCUAUUCUACAUCUCAAGUGCCAGGGAUGAUCAAUAAAUGGAGUACUGCUCCAGGUAUUACACCUUUAACAGUUUACACUCACUUCUUCUUUGUUAGUACGUUGCUAAAAUAGACACUCUCUUUAUAAGCAGUAAAAUUCCCUGUAACAAGGUCUGCUGAAAGUUGCUCAUACUGGUACAAAUCUCUCUAUUAUUGAUAUCAAACCUCACCUCUGAUGAUAACCUUGUUUCAUUCGUAAAGACGUAGAUCUUUAUUUUAGAAUUAUUAACAACUGCAACUCCUAGUGGAGGUAGGUGCCUAGGAUGUCCAGAGGCUUCCACUUUUGGCAAAGCCAGACCCCUGGACAGAGUUAUGCCCCCAUGGCUGGUAAACCCGUGCCCUUCAGCCGUGAGCCCUCACGCCAUGCCAAAGGGACCUCCAAGCUGAGCACUAAGCUCCGAGAGAAGGGGCUCAUGGCUGGGGGAGGCCUGAGCCCCUUCAUGCCAAUCCCAGAGGCACCUAUGUAUACUGAGCAUGUUAAAAACAUAGAAUGGCUAAACAGAAGCCAUGUGCCAAGAGGAGUAUGCAGUUACACAAACAAACUUCAAAUAAUACACAAGAUUUCAGAAGCAAAAACACAAGCCAAUAAAUGCCAAAUGCUAGUUCACUGUAUGCAAACAGGCAAACAGCCUUACUGAAACAAAAACCUGAGUAUAAGAACUCAACACUAAGCAAUGGUUACACUGUGCCAAAGGCAGUACCGACAGUUUAGCCAUAAAGCCCCAUAAACACUACAAAAACGUUCUGCCUUAAUGGGCCAAAAAUGCUACAAACCCUACAAAUGCUUCAAACACCACAAGCAUCCAAUGAUCCACCCCAAUGCCCCAUAAAUGCUACAAAUGCUGUAACCACCACAAAUGUCCGACCCCAAUGCUCUAUAAAUGCUACAAAUGCUGUUAACACUGAAAGCGUCCAACCCCAACGCCCAUAAACACUACAAGUGCUGUAACCACCAUGGAUGUCCAACUGCGAUGCCUUGUACAUGUAAGCACCGCAAACUAGUGCUGUAGCCACUGCAAACUUCCAGCCCCUAUACACCCCAUAAAUGCUACAAAUGCUGUAACCACCACGGCUGCCAACCCCAACGCCCCUUAAAUGCUACUAAAGCUGUAACCACUGCACGAUUUCAACCCUAACACCCCAUAAGUGCCACAAAAUGCUGCAACCACUACAAACAUCCAGCUCCAACGCCCUAUAAAGGCUGCACAAGGUGCAAACAAUGCUACAACUGUACAGCACCCCAAUGCCCCAUAGGAAAACUACAAAUGCUAUAAAAAGACACUAAAAAAGCCAAUACCAGUAGUUGAAUGCUUACACGCAAACAAAUGCUAAAAGAUUCUGGAACUAUUUACUUCAACUGCUAAAAGAAGUGUGGGUGCCUGUGGAAUGUGGGCCUCCACUGUGGCCAGCCAGCCCCUAGAUCCUCUCCAGUGGCUGCAGGCAAAUCCCCACAACCCAGCCAUGGCUCCCCUUUCCAGGCACCUGUCAGACUGAAGCAUGAUGAACCAGUGGAAAGAGACUGAGGAUGAGGGGGAUGGAAUGCUAAAACAACCACUUCAAACCACUUCACACUAACGUAACCACUACAAAAACCUCUCAAUUUGAUUCUUGUGGCUGUGAUGAAGCAACAAUGAUCCAUGCAAAUCACUCUUGCUAGGCUGACAACUUCAAACCUCUUCACACUAAUGCAACUGCUACAAAAAACCGCUGAAUUUGAUCCUUGUGGAUGUAAUGGAGCAACAACUUUCCAUGUGAACCUACACUUGAGAGUUAAGGUGAUUCCCUGGUUUUGCACUUUGCAUCUCUUACUGCGCAUAACAAGAUGGCCUCCGUAAAAAUGAGCAUGUGAAGUAACAUUAUUAAAAUGAAGUUGACUGAGGAGAAAUGCUAUUACAUUUUUUGUUUGCGGUUGUUUCUUGCCGAGGAGAGACUCAAUUUGGUGGGAAUGUGCAUAACGUAAGCAGUUCGCGUGUUGCUGAGUUGGACUUCCUCCCGGAGAACCUCGAUAGUGGAUGUUUAAUUUGUGCUUAUUCACUUUGAUUUUCAUUUAAACGCUAAUUUCUUUAUCACAUUGUGUCCUAAAUGUGGUAUCUCGAUGUAAAUUCCGUUAAAACGGAUUUUUUAAUACUUUCUUCCCCCUUUGGCAUACAUUUUAUUUUGAAACUUGCCCCAGUCCUCUCUCAAAAAUUAAGGAAAAUGCAUUUGGUGCGCACUUUCUGCAGCUCUACCGCAAAAACGAGUAUGGUGACCCCCAUUUUUUAUUUCAUGAUUUUAAUAAGGACAGUGCUUCCUUUUGGUGAGAAAAAAAUUGGCACAAAUCUAUGUUCAGUUUUUUGGCAAUUUUACUAAAUUGUACGGAUUUAGCUAUCACGGGUCGAAUAGCGCGUGUCCAAUUUAAUUCUACUUUGGAGCGUAAAGAAAAAACAAGGGCAUUACAAGGCAUUUUUCUGGUACGUAAGUGGAUAAACAAUACAUUAAAGUCAAAUUCUGUGUGAUACCACAUGCAUCAUUGAAAAAACCUUUCCUUUUUGUCUAGUUUUGGGCUGCACGCAGUUUUUGUCAAAGGGUCCAAAAUAGCCGUAUUUGUCAGCAUUGUGACAUCAAAACGAGCACAGUGACCCCCACUUUUUAUUACCUUUUUAUCAUCUUCGACAUCUUCUUGACUUGUUACAUCAGUGUACCAAGUUUCAUCUACAAUCUAUCGUUAGGUUCUUUUACUAGGGAAUCACCUUAACCACUCGUGGAGAAAACCAGAAGAAACGAUCACACAGAAACAAGGCGACCCUAAUGCAAUGGUGGAAAAUUCCCAACCACACAACCACUGAUCAUGAGUGACAGCCAGCUUGAGACAAAAGCAUGUAAACCCAAAAGUUGAAAUCACAGCGUUACCCCACCUAAAACUUGAAAACCAUAAGUGGAUGUGAAUGCUAAACCAAGCUAUUGUAAGACCUUCAAACAAUGAAAUAGUUGAUUAGAAGAAAACAUGCAAGCAAAAAAAACGAUGGCCAAACUCCAAGUCGAAAGUCAAAUGUACAUUCCGUUAAGACUGUUGGCCAAAGUUACGAGGUAACAACGAUUGCACAGAAGCCAAGCAUAGCCCAAGAAUUAUCCAAAGGCUAAACAAAGAGAAUGGCAGCCAGGAAAUGCUGUACCAAGUACAUGGAGAUGAUGCAAGCAAGGCUGACUGCACUUGAGCCACCGUACUAACUGCUGACCAAUGCCUGUGCUCCUGGCUGUUAACGGUGUUAAAUUUCAUUUAACUAUAAUUAUAAAACAAUGAAGAGCAAUUCUGAUUGGCUUUCAUUUGAUUAUUGACUAGUGUACCUAAUAAGUAAAAUAGUGCUGUCCUGGUGUCAAUUUGUAUUGCCAAAAUAGGUUUGCAUUACUUUCGCAUUCAGCUAAUGCCCGCAAUUAAAAUACUUCAUGUUUACUCUCGUUAAAAAGUCCUAUUUCAGUCCAGCUGGGUUUAGUGUCCAGCAUCUGAAUAUCUGACAUUCUGCACUUGAAUAUCAUUUAAAAUACACUACAUUUUCACUGGCACAAGGAACAGUACGAAACAGGCCGAGUGUGAUUGUAUUGUGAGGUCAAGACAUUGUUUGCAAGGCAUUGUGGAAAAAAAAGUGCAUUGUGGUUAAAAUCCAGAUGCGUCAUGGAAAGAAUAAAUCAAAAAUAUUUUUCCCUCUACGGAUGGGGUCUGCUGCCUUGCACCUCACUUCAGGCUCGCUUGCAAGGCAGCAAUAAAGAUCACACAGUUGUGUUUAUAUGUGCAAACAUUUAAUGGUAGUUUCGAAAACGAUGCACUCGAAAACGAAGACCGAAGCACGAAGCACCCAAAUCUCAAAAACGAGGCACCCAAAACUCGAAAACGAAGCACCUAAAUCUCGAAAACGAAAAGCACCUAUUGUAAACGAAGCAUCCAAAUCUCGAAAACGAAGCACCCAAAAACUCGAAAACAAAGCCCCCUAAAAACUCGUAAACGAAGACCCCUAAACUUGAAACCGGUCUGUCCUUUAUAAACACGAGGCAAUCUCUUGCUAAUACAGCAGGAAUCAAGCACGAUAACGUAAGAGUCUUACGCGCGAGCCUCACUCUCCGUUUUCAAACUCGUUUCAGACCUUUUGUGUUAGUGCUCGUGCAUACUUAAAUACAUCAAAAUACAGUCAGUUUUGAAGUCUAAAUAAACAUGUAUGUGUACCCAAAAAAAAUGCAUAUUAAGAUAAGAUGUAUCAAGUAUAGCAAGACUAAUAAUAAAAUUAAUACAGGAUAUCCUAUCUAGAAACGUUCAGUUAAAUAGUUUGCAGGCUUUUACAAAACCUUGGGAUGGAUUUUGUCGACCUUUGGAGGUGCGAACGCAUCUGCUGCUUCCACCUGAUACAGAUUGCGCCAUGCUAGACAUAAAAUUGUAGUUAUUCAACCUACAGUGGUUUCGAGUUUUGGGUGCUUCAUUUUCGAGUUUUGGGUACUUCCUUUUCGAGAUUUGGGUGCUUCGUGCUUCGGUCUUCAUUUUCGAGAGCUUUGUUUUCGAAACUACCAACAUUUAACACCCAUUCUAACGACUCCAAGUUUGACUUUACAUCAUUGAAUCUCUUUUGUAGAAACCCUAGAAACUUCAUUUGCUCCAUCAUCCUAUCAAUCAACUUUGCCUCGCACAUCAACAACAAAUUCCCUUCCACGCUCAUAUCCAGCUGAGAUUCUGACCAUCCCUGUCGUGAAGGGUCCCAUGGGAUUUGGCUUCACUAUUGCAGACAGCCCAUAUGGUCAAAAGGUGAAGCAGAUCCUAGAUGCUCCUCGCUGUACAGGACUUCUCGAAGGUGACAUCUUGAUGGAAAUUAAUGGCCGAAUGAUCCGGAGUUGCACACACAAUGAGGCUGUCAAUAUCCUCAAGGAAUGUCCUAAAGGACAACAAGCACAUAUUGUUGUACAGAGAGGAGGUAGGCACUCUAUAUUUACAAAAGAUCAUACACACCUACGUAAAGGUUUUCACAGAAAUAUUUCAUAUAAUGAUCAUUGCUCAGAGGCAGGUACAAAAUUUAUUCUACUGGUUAGUGUAGGGAACUUUUAACCUGAAAAGAUCCUAUUGGGCCAAAACCUUUCCCAAACCAAAACCAACAACCCAGGCCUUCUGAGAUUGGUUUUCUUUGUCCACAGUAAUUUAUUAAUGUCAAACCUUGGGGUCACUUUCUGAAUACAAACCAGGAGACUCCUGACAUAUACAGAGUGAUAUACAAUGUGUUUUCUGAAAAAAAUAGCAUUGCAAGCCAUAACUUGAAUGUGGGUAAUGGAAGUAUAAAAAUUCCAAACUGAAAAUGGUUAUAGAAGUCAUGUAAAAUGUUUAAAUUAACCUUGACCUUUGCUAUCAUUUAUCUAACUCUAGGGUUGCCAACACCACUUAGAAACAGUCCCUUGUUUGCAAAGAAGGUAACUGAGUAGAUUUAAUAACUGUUUUUCUAUAAUGUAAUUGUCCAAAUUUAUUUUGAGAGUAGCACAUUUGUUCUUGUGACUGAGAACCUUUUCCCCUCAAACCCUUGACAAAAAUAAAGAAAGUCUUGUCACUUAUGCAGAACGUUAUUUUCAAGUCGAGCACCAUGCUUCCUUUUGUUCCUGGUGAUACUUUUUAGGGUGAGUGACACUGUUCCCUUGACUUUUGCCUAAUUUUGCCUUAAUCGCACUCUCUUCUCAUUGCUCUUUCUUUUGCUUAUCUUCCCCAUUCCGUUUUCUUUUGCUGGCAUUUACUAGGCUUCAUUUUGUCCAAGCUACAAUUAGCGACAAAAUGAGUUCAGACACUUCUCCCUAAACUGUGCUUUUUUACAUUUUACUGACUUCAAAAGGAGGAAAUAUAGCUUUUCGUCCCCCAUCCCCUUUAUGCAAUGUUGUGCCGAUGUUCAAGCUACCUACAGAAAACAACAAACACCCCUACUUUGAAUGGAGGGGGCAGGGGAGGGAUGCGGAUUCUUUUGUUCUCUGAAGUUACCCUAUUUGAGUAUAAUGUCUCAACCAUCUGUCGCUGAUUGUCUGAAUCACAAAAGUGGCCAUACAUCCCUAAGAAAAUUAAUUCAACUCCUUUCAUUCAGGCUGGGGUGUAAGACCCCUGGUGGCUUUUUAUUUGCUACGUUUGACUUCAUCGUUCCUAUUUUAGAACAAUUAGAAUACGGGCGAUUUCGUUAUUUUCAGUGCAUGACACUUCGUGUCACAUUAAACAUGCCUUAACAUCAUGUGAUGUGGCGAGUCGUGCACAAUUUCUUUUUCUCUCCUUUAUCGAAACAAAGAGCAAAGUGAAAAGGAUAGAAAACUAAAUAGAUUUCUAGGCAUUAAAGCAGUUAUAAUCACUAAAAUUGCAGUUGAGGCCAUGAGUAACUAGAGUAACCAAGAUGAGCAUAAAAUGAAAUAAUUAGAUUAUCUUUUAAGAACAAAGUUGGUUACUUGUGGUUGCUCAUGGCCAGUCCCCUCCAAACCUUAUAGUUUGUACUGUUAAUUACAUUCUUCAAAGAAUCUUGUAGGUAUAUGGGCAACGAAUUUACUGCACAGAUUUAAUGAUGCUAUGCAGCUUUGUUGUGCAUUAGAAGUCAGAACAUUUUUCCUGAAAAUUCUCGUGCACAUAGCAAUCGUGGCUGUUUUAUUGUCGAUCACACCCUUAUUAAACUUCGCAUAAACACUUCAAACUCACUAGGGACAUAUUCGAAAACAAUAUAUUAUCUGCCAUCGAUUCCUAAUGACCACACUUAGUUACCAGAGGGAAAUCAAUCAUUCGGUAUGUGUGUAUGCUGUGUAAUUACUGGAAAACACUACCAAGUACAAAGACUGGCAAAACCAAUUUUCCCUCGAAAAACACAGCAACGCGAUGAUAUGGGUAUUCUAUCUAUCUUCUUAAAAGCAACCUGGUGAAUACAGUAAUCUCAACUAUUUUUUUUUUUCGUCUCUUUACUGGUGCUAAUAGGACAACAGUGCGUAGAUUUUGAUUCAGACAAUCGGCAACAAAAUGAGUUCGAGCUACCUACAGAAAACAACAAACACCCCAUGAAUGGAGGGGGCAGGGGAGGAUUGCGGAUUCUUUUGUUCUCUGAAGUAACCCUAUUUGAAUACAAUGUCUCAACUAUUUUGUCACCUUAUAUUAUUGUAGCGCUCGAACAAACUAAGUUAUUAGGCUUCAUUUUGGGGGUAAAAGUUUCCACAAAUACUUUGAGGGUUGUGAAAUUAUUUUUUGAAGGAAGUAUAGGUGGGAAUUGUGACAAGAUUGUUCAAUUUCUGGUUCAAUAAAUACUUUUAUUAUUUUAAAUGUUUUUCUCCGGCCUUUUCACAAAAUCAUUUUUAUUCAGGUAUGGUUUGAAAGAUUCCACAGUGUGCAGAAAUCAGUCACACUCUGAAAGUUGUCUAUGACCAUUUAAAGAAAUGAAAUCAAUAGUGGUAUGAGAAACAAGGAUCCAAAAAGGGGAUGUGAGUGGUUAAGUAGGGAAUGGGUCAAGAAUGAAACAAUACAGAAAAAAAACGGAUGAAUAAUUUUAUUUCAAAUUUAAUAGGAUUUGGAACCCAUUGCCCCACGUGUAGCACGACCCAAGUCCACCCCUAUCAUGGGCUCAAACCAUGUUGGGUAUGGUCAGGUGGAUCAUGGAAGCACUGGUAACUUAGCAACUGCUGGAGAGAGUACAAGAAACCAAGAAACUGGAUAUGAGAACAGAAAAAUAGCACAGCCCAUGCUGGACAAAAACUCUGAGGCAUUGUUCAAUUCAUAUCCAUCACUGAGGAAAGCUGUUGCUAAUGCUGCUAGAAGGUUUGAUUUUAUUUUUUCUUCAGUUGUUAAAUCGCUUCCUACUCGGUGUAAACAGGACAACAUGACUUUCUUUGAGAGAUCGAUGCCCACCAUUUUAGAGGGUCUGUCAUGAAGAGGUGUGAACCUGGCAGGGGUGUCCUCUUUACGGGGGUCUCUGUCAUACAGAUGUCUAUACCUGACAAAAGUGUCCACCUUGCAGGAGACGUCUACCACACAGAGGUGUGCACCUGGCAGAGGUGUCUGUCAAACAAAUAAAUAUUGUACGGGUGUUCUUCAAAGAGAUGUGUGUGCCUGACAGAGAUAUCCACGUUCGCGCGUUGUCUAUUAUAUUGAGUUGUACACCUGACAGGAGUGUCCACCUUUAAAGGGUUUCUGUCAUACAGAUACACUGUAUUUGCACCUGGCAAAGGUGUGAACAUUACGGGGGUGUUUACCAUACAGAUUUUGUGCUUCAGGGAGAGGUGUGUCAAUCAUACAGAUCAAUCUGUGAGUGGUGAACCUGACAGAGGUGUCCAUCUUGCAGGGGUGUCUAUCAAACAGAAUUGUACACCUGACAGAGAUGUCCACCUUCCAGAUUGAUUUGUACAUCUGAUAGGAGUGUCCAUUUUUAAAAGGUGGCUGAAAUACAGUUGUUCACCUAACAGGGUGUGAACCUUUCAGGGGUGUCAUAUCAGUCAUGUGCACUUGACUGCAGAGGUGCCUAUCAUACAGAGUUGUGCCCCUUCGGGGGUGUGAAUGUGGAAGGGAUGUCCACCUUGCAGGAGUGUUUGACAAACCUGAUGCCAGAGUCCACCUAAGAAGGUUGUUCGCCUUACAGGCUUGGAUACCCAUCUCACUAGGAAUGUCUAUUCUUAAGAAGUUUUGACUCCAACUAGUUGGCUAUUGAAACCUUGCUGUUUGAUCUGCUAGAUUCAGAUUCUUAAACUCUUAAAUUUUAUAUGCAAGUGUUGUGACAGUAAUGGCAUUAGCUUGACCUUGUAGCAUGCAUUGUUUCUUACUUUUCCUUUAUUAUUAUUCUUCAGAUCAAUGGAAAACUUGGCAGCUCCUGAUACACCACCUCCCCCAGCCAGUCCAGAUGCUAAAAACUUUACUGUUAAUCUUAAGAGGGGAGAUAUGGGAUUUGGUUUCCGGAUUAUUGGUGGUCAGGAAGAAAAUACGCAGGUAUCAGAAAUUAAUGUUAUCUGCAAGCCAUUUUCCAGCGAUGGCUUAUUAGAGAAGGGGAGGACUUAUUUUAAACUGGAGUGGGAAACCCUCGCUGACACAUCUUAUUUUAGAAGCGGUAAUACUGAAAAGUACAAAAUUGUAAUAUUCUCUGCCAACUUUAGUGGUUAUACAAACUCGUCCUUUCAGUUAUGUGUCCUAACAUCAAACCAUCAAACCUCGAACUCGAGAGGAGUGAUGAGGUGACAAAAACUAAAUGCGUGAAAUUAUGGGAUAGGUUGGCAUAUCGAGAAAAAACCAGUUGAGAAAUGUACCCUUGCUAAAAUGAGCUUGCUAGUACAAAUUGGUGGAGAGAUAAAAGCACCGUUAUUCUCCGUGGACUUUUAAGGGAUUUGUGUGGAGUCGGUAGAACAUAAUUAUGCUUAUAUCUCCCCUUUAAUUCUCUGUUUUCACUGUCAUACCAUUACCCUGCGAGCAGAGGUUUUUCUCUUGCAUGGCUUUUAGCGUUUACGAACGUAAACAAACCAACUACACGACUGUCAAGUCACGCGAGCGACUUUGUAAACGCUAAUAAUUGGAAACCACUCAAUACAGAAAGUCCAGAAUCUGGGAAAUGAAGGAAGAUAAAUAAGCAAAAGCCUCGCUAAAAAUCAGGUCUGUUCGACAUGACAUGCGAGAUAUUCGGGAAAAAUGUUUUACCCAAAUUUACAAAGCUUUGUAUGGAGACGCCAUGUUGGUUUCCCAUUUGAGGGCCACAAAUAUGGCGGCCAAAAACCAACGAAACAUCUGUCUUUGAGUUUUCCUAAAAAACCGUCGAUUUAUCACUUGAGGAACACAUAAAGGUUAAGCAACGUUUAUUCUGGGUCAAGGUAAGAAAUGUUUAGAUGGCAAAAUCUCAAAAAAUCGCUAACGUUUUUAACCAACAUGAGAGCUUUCCCUGGCGCCAGCUAAAAUGCCGCGUCACGCAAAAGCUUGGAAAUUCAAGCGUCCUUUAUAGGAAAACGUAAAACCCUUUCGAACAGAAAAUUAAUGAAGGUGUUUAGCAGCUGUAAUACCCCAUAAAAGUAGAAACUCUGAAGAAUAGAUAACUCCUUAGUUUGAAUUUUAGUGACGUCAUGUGAAAACCGAGAAUUUGCACUAACGGGCUGAUUUUUGGCUGGGGAGUAUUUUCAUCUUAUUCUUUCUGAGUAUGCUAACCAAUCCCAUAAUUUCACAAUUUUAAUUUUUUUUGUGACGCCACACUUCUCUCCUCUAUCAUUGUUUAUUAUGGUAGUUCCCUCAUACAAAAACCACUAAUAAGGGUGUGUGUAGGCUUCUAAUUGUGUUUUUUGGAAUCAGGUGGCUAUAGGUACAAUUGUCAGGGGUGGACCUGCGGAUGUGAGUGGGCAGUUACAGAGGGGAGAUGAGAUUCACUAUGUUGAUGGCAUCAGUGUGAUAGGCUCAACUCACCGCCGUGUUAUAUCGCUCAUGGGUAAUGCUGCUCUUACUGGUGAGGUCACUCUUGGUAUUCACAGAGACCCAGCUAAAGUAGCAAGUAAGUCAAUAAAGUUCUGAAUCAGUGCUUCCCCUUAACUUUGUCAUGCAAUCUGGGCAAAUUCAGUAAUCAGGGACUAGCAUAAAAUGAAACAUGAAAAAAAGUGAAGGAACCUUUAAAUAACACAGCCAGGCGCGGAUCCACAACAGUUUCCGCCGAUUCACGAAAAUCGGGCAGAUUUUUUAUAAAUUAAUAUAUUUUUAAUGAAAAAAAAAUUAAAAUUAAAAUCUCGCCAAUAUCCUCCCUGAAUGACUCAGAAACCCAAGAAAGGUGACUUAAGGGGGUUGAAAUCAAAAAUAUUUUAGUGGGGUGCAUCCCCCCGGACCUGUCUAGAAGCUUGCGCCCUCGACGCUCGUUUAGGAAAUCGAUCAGUAUUUAUCCCCAGGCUAGAUCCGCGCCUGACAGCAAAUGUGAAAAAAGGCACGGAUGGACAAAACUGAAGAAGAUUCAAAUGGAAUACAAAUAAGGCAAAUGAACGUUAAUUAAAGUGAGACUAUAAGAACCGCUCAAUGCAAAAUAUAUUAACUAAUGCCAUUUAUACGGGGAAAAUAAGACGCAUCUGGCGUCGUGUUCUCCUUAGAGAAAUCGUAACACCAUAGUUCUAACUAUGUUGGCACUUACUCCGGGCAAACAGGAGCAGUAGUUGUCAUGGUUUCUUGAUUUUGUCGUACAGAAAUGAUAGUGUUAAUUGUAUACAUAUUAUAUUGUAUUAUUAAAACAGAGAUGAAUCCGAGCAUGCGCCGUUCAUACUCAGCGUCAUCUGAUCUUGGUCCCGAAGCUGCUUUAGGAGGAAUCAAAGCCAAGGAGGCGUCUAAAUCCACCGGCAACCUGCAACAAUAUGGCAGAAAAUCAUUCAACGACCCUGAAGAAACGUCUUCUGUUCGAAGUUAUCAUUCAGAAAUGCUUCCCUCCGAUGUGAGGUCACAGAGUCAAAGGAAUAGACGACUUAGUGAAGGUGAUGUAAAUGGUGAACCCAAGGGCCCAGUCUCCUACCGUGAUAUUACUCUAGAACGAGAGGAAAACGAGUCUUUUGGUUUUGUAAUCUUCUCUUCGGUACACAAGAGCGGUUCGACAAUAGGUAAGAAUUCAUGAGGUUGAUUGAUUAUAGUUAUUUGUUUUUGUCACUUUACAGGUUGUAGAAUUUGUGACGGGGAAGCCUGAACUGGAAGCCUGGGGGCUUAUAUGGGUUGCACGGUCCAGGAGCAAUUUGAGUAGACAUAGCUUUAGAGGAAAGACACGAAUUUACAAACUCAACUAUAAUAUAAACUAAGAUACAGGAAAAAAAUAGAAUAAUACAAAUUAAAUUACUUAAAAGAUUAGAUCGAAUAAGAUGAUACUAGCGUAAGGUGGACAGGUCAUUGUACUUUACUCGCUCAGCCUACAAACUGAAUUACGUUUCGUUCAUUUUGGCUGAACGUUAUUUUGUAAAGAGUUGUAAAAUCCUUUAACCGGGCUCGUGAAAGUCCUGAAAUUUACCUGUUACACACAAAUCCUAAGAGCCAACUCCAUGGUUAACUAUUAACUUUUGUCAGUGAACAAGAGGUAGACAAAUGCACCCCCUGAAUCGGUAGAGGAGAAGUGAAAAAAGACUGCUAACUAGGCCACUUGAUGAGGAGGGAGUAUAGACCGUUUUCACUCACGUGAUCAGCAGCUAUUCAAAUUUCUUGAAGCGAAGGAAAGGUUGAUAUGAGGAAAGAAUUCAGUAUUUUUUUGGUACACCAACAUGGCCGCCAUUUCAUUGUUUUGUACACCAAUAUGCCUGUCGUGAUGUCCUGUGAAACGAUCUAUAAGUUUACCGCUAUCCCUGUCACGUAAUUCUUAUUUUAGUAACGCAACCUUCUCCAUUACAGGACGUAUUAUUCAAGGCAGUCCAGCCGACCGAUGCCGCCAGCUUCAUGUAGGCGAUCGACUCGUGGCCGUGAAUGACGUCAGCAUUGUAGGAGUUCACCAUAGUGACAUAGUGGAUACCAUUAAACGGUCUGGAAGAACCGUUACGCUCAGAAUCGCUCAACAGCGCCCAUUGGGUAAAUAUAAAAGUACAUUUGUUGUUUAAGAUGACAAAGUCUUACUUGAGUGUUGAAAUUCCAGUUUCCUAUAGUUGCCAUGUCUAAAUACCGAAUGCUGCUAAACAUAGAAUUAACUUGCUUAUUUACACGAAGAUGAAAAAACGAAUUUUAUUCGCUUGUCAAUGUAAUUAGCACGAGUGCUAUUUGCACUUGCACUAAUUAUGCUAAUGGUAUAAUUUUACGAAAAGUCUUUAACCCUAAGCUGUUGUUAACUUAAGCCUAUCUUUUUUUUUCUUUGAUUUUUUUUGCCUAGAUAACUUUGAAACAAAGAAAUUAUCUCGAAUGGUAAGUCAACUGGCGGCACUCUCUCAUGUCAUUAAAUUUGAUUAAAAGGUAUUUUACGUCGAUAACUCGUGACAGUAAUUUAACAGAUAAACUUAGGUGGACGUUGCGCUCAUUUUACCAUCAAUGCACCGUUUUAAGGGUAUUUAAAGCUACUUAUAGUUACACAAAUAGGAGAGAAGUCUUGAAACAAGGAUGUGAUGUCAUCGAGAAUCGAACUUGGGACCUCGCGCAUGCACCGAAAGCCGCUCACUAACCAGCCGUGCCAACCUUGCUCCUAAUUAUAUUUUUUGCUUUUGUUGUUUGUUUUUUUUUUUGCUGAUGUUAAGCUACGGCAAAAGGGCAACAAAAUCAUGCAACUUGUUUUUCGACAUUGCUGCUGCGCGAUGUUGCGCGUUUUAACACCCACUUUCAAACCUUUCUUGCAAGACAUAAAGGUUGCUGCAAGUUGCAUUAAUACUGACUUCUGAUUGGAUAAAAUUACGCGGAGUCACGCCAUACAGGGAAGUUAUGUCACUUUCUGCAAAACAAGUUUGCCUUGGGGCUGUAAAAUGCGAAACAUGUACAAAUUUUGUUGCAAAAAGUAAAACUACUCUCUACUUUCUGUAGCAACUUUUUGGCAACCUGUAACCUGAUUUGUUGCAAAACAGCUUUGCACGUGGGUGGUAAAACUCGCAAAAUCGCUUUUCAACUCAUUUUUCAGCAAUUUUGCAAAGAAAAUUGCCCUUCUUGGUCGCCUGUUUUCCCGCACCUUUAUGUCAAAUUGCAACCUGUUUCUUGUUGUUUUCCUUAGAGUGCUCCAGACAUCUCUAGAAUGGGUAGUGAUACAUACCCCAGAAGAGACGCUGACCAGCGAAGUUGGGAUAAUGCAUAUCCGGAACAGGUAUGACUUAUUGUUUCUAAUGGACUCUCAUUUUCUUUCCUAUGCGCCGCGAAAGUAACCGAAAUCAAGAUCAAACAUAACUCCUCUGCUUCCAAACAAAUUCAAUAUUCUUCUUCUCUUCUCUCACCCUUCAAGAAGUUGUUUUUUGUUUUAUUGUAUAGACGUGUGCGUAAUAUUGCAUUUAAUUCUUACUCGUUAUCCGUUUCUGUCGAAUUUAGUCAAAAUAUUCAUAAGCAUUUUUACUUACUAUAAGGGCAGACUAAAUUCAGUUUAUUCCGUUGUGCUUGGUGGCUUGUUGCGCACGCGAUCAUCGUUUCUUCUUUGUUACCAGACUGUUGCCGACCGUGCAAAGGAGGAGCCACGUUAUGUAGCAACCCUUCCCAGAAUGCAUCACAGCUACAACUCACAACCACCGCCUAAAGUACCGCCUCGAGUCGCCCCCAAGCCUUCCAGAGAAAAAGUGCUUAAGGCAAAAGAAGACAAGAGAAGGCAAGAAAAUGAUUUUCAUGUAGCCAGAAAUGACAUGCGCAGACGAUCAAACCCUGAAAUACCAUCAAGACCACCCCUACCUUCGCAGGAUUACACGGGUAAUGUGAGAGAUGAGCGAAUUUCUUUUAAUCAGACAAUGGUUGUAGAACUGGAUCGAGAUAGAGAGACUGGGUACGGAUUUAGUAUCAGAGGAGGAAGAGAGCUGAAUUUACCUAUAUUUGUUCUGCGCAUGGCUGAUGGAGGUGCAGCACAGAGGGAUGGCAGGCUCAGGGUAAGGAUUGUAGGGGUUCUUGUUGUCAUUAGUUAUAUAAUAUUUAGAGUUGUAUUUCAUCACUUUACUGAUUUAUUGGGUCCAUUUGUCUAAUGUCUGUCGUGUUUAAUUUUUUUCCGUCCUGUGUCUUCCUUUUGCUGGUUCAUUAUUUUAUAUAUACUUUAAGGUGGCUCGACACAACAGUUUUGUAGCGACACCUUCUAUCCUUGAAUAUCUCACACUUAAACAAAUUUAUCUUUAUGGUAAGACCAUUAUAACACAUGGAUUACACACCGACAGGACUAAACUUUAUUAUGAUUUUAUUUUUUGGGCGAUCGGAGUAAAUAUCAUUAAGUAUGACGUCACGAUAGUUUUAGCUUUAAGUCGAAUUUCAGCCCUCAUCGACCUGAACUUUGGAAAUGCUUUACGCUGCGCAUAUUUUGGGUGCUUAUCUUCCGGUAUGAGAAGGUUCUCAGAGAUCUAUGAGAGGAAUUUAGAGAUAUCUUGGAAUUUCUUCAAAAAGGGUAUAGAUUAUGCAUGAACUGACAAAUUUGCUACUUUUUGGAUGUUUCCGGGAAAGGUUUUAUCACUCAUUCAUUUUGCAAAUGACCCUUAUAUACAAUCGGCUAAACGCAAGUAGACUUGCGCAAUUUUCGAAAAACAUGCAAACAUGUGAAUGUCAGUUGUUCAAACGCGAUGCUGAGCUCUUUUUGUAAUUUCUAAGGCUACUUUCACGAAAACAGCGAUUAAACCAAAAUUCGACGUUAGAUUUUCUUUAUAGAAUUUGAGUGCUGCGAUUGAUCGUUGUACUAUGAAAUGCCCGAUUUUCGUGUCCAUUGAAACAUUUGAAGUUGCCUAAUGUGGCCGCAAAAUUUAGGAAAUAUUAAAGCGAUGUGAUGGAUUUGGAUAAUUUUUUGCUUUGGGAUUUCCUAUUGUCUCGAGUUUAGCACAACAUGAAAUUCCCAUGCAGCACGCGAAAAGGUACCGCGCCUGCUUGUCCUCCGUAAUCUAUUCACUCGUGUUUUCUCCCUUUCUUCAACAUUACCAUAUUUCGGGAAGAUUACGGAUGGCAACCAAGUGCUUAUUUUUAUUAUUCUUCAUAAUCCGAACUUUUCAUGGUCUCUGUGCAUUUACCACUUGUUUCCGUAGGUAGGAGACGAGAUCUUAGAGAUCAAUGGUAGGAGUACAGAGGAUAUUCCUCACGCGGAUGCCAUAGCUUUGAUAAAGAGUGGUGGCAGCAGAGUGCGUCUUCUCAUUCACAGAGACGAUAAACCAGCCUACCUUGGUCAGUGUGUUUUUAUUUCUGUGUGAUUUUUUAUUAGUUAUGCAAUCUCCACAAGAAGUGAUCAGUUUGUUUGAAGGUUAAUCUCAACAUUGACCGACCUAAGCCUUUUUUUAGCCUAAUUUAAGAAACUGACCGUGCUAGACAGAAAGAAAAUGAUACUUAUGGCCCAUGUUUCUGCCACUAGUUUCUAAAGCAGCCUUCUAUGUCACAAUUUUAUAGCUACAGUCGUACCUCCAUUUACGGCCACCUCUCCACAACGGCCAAGUUUCUACAUCGGUCACUUUUUUCGGCGGACAGUCCAUACAUUGACUCUUGUUUAAACCCCUCUACAAGGGCCACUUUCUUCUGUCCCUAAGGUGGCCGAGAGGUUCAACUGCAUUACUGAAACACUAAAAUUACAUUGGAAUCGAAGAAAGCCUCGAAAGUAUAGAUCAGUUUUAUGUUAAAAUAUUCUGCCAGGAUGGAAACAUGCUGCAACUUGAAACAAUUGCUUAAAUUUCUUUGUUUUUGUAAGAACAAAAAACUUCUCAUGCCCUUUCUUUGAUAGAGUUCCAAGUAUUUUACACAAGAUGACUCAGAAUGCUUGGUUAUAAUUUCAGAUCUGCUGUGACUAAAAAAUUUUUGAACUCACCAAGAAAGUUAUUAAUUUUAUGAUGCACACCUGGGGACCACAAACGAGGAUAUUGCUCGUGCUUUUAAAAGGUCAAUCGACCCUUCCACGUGUUCCAUUUACACUGUUGGAAGAGCGAGUGAAUGGAGUCUAAACCCCCAUAGCAAAUGGACGCAACAAUGUUGGAUGUUAAUGUUGCGUCCGCUUCCACACCCUGUUGCAUAUCGUGGCAUGUUGUUGCGUAUUGUUGGGAGUUGUUGCGCAAAGUUUGAAACCAGUCAAAGUUUUGAGCCAAAACUCUUAACAUUUCUUUUGUUCUGUGAUCGCCGAAGCGUAGCGGAACAAUGUUGGAUCCGUUUCCAUAGCUCUUCCAACAUUGUUGGGGCCACUCACGCGCAUUAAACAUGGUUUACAAAGUCUUAUGGGUUAUAUCCUUCCCACGAUGCACUGCAAGUCCCAAUAUUGUUGGGAGUUGAUGGAUCCGUUUGCACACCCCAGUCAACAAUGUUGUAAGUCGUUUGGAUUAUUUUUGCAGACGGGAUCCCUAACGGAGGUCACACUAUUGCUAAAGGAGGAAGCUUACCUCGUCAAAGCUGGAAAAAUCCCCCCUACUAUGACAUGUACCAGUCAUAAAACCGUAGAACAGUAACUGAAGAGGUUUGAAAUUUAUUCUUGUAAAAUAUCGAAAAAUUUGUGCCACCGUAGCAGAGUUCUGAACUACUUCUUCAUGGUUUGUAUAGACAUCGUCAUGAUAUGAAAUUCCUUUAACUCUGUAGUAGACGACUUGAAUUUGCAGUACUUUAUACUUAAAACACCAUAAAAUUAUGAGAAAAGCUGCCUAUUUUUAAAGAUAUGUCCCCAAUGAGGACACUUGUUAGACGGUUACUUCUUUAAUAUUGUAUAAAACUGGGGUGUUUUUAGAUCUUUCAUAAUAAUUUUGAAUGCUUAGGAACAAUAAAUAUUUUAGCGUGUAAUUAAGUGAUCAAUUUGCCUGAAGUUGAUUUAUAAGUGAUAGGUUAGCUUGUAUCAGUCGAUAUAUUUAUUCCAUUGUCUGUAUAUCGUUAACGUUGGGUUUGUACAAUGUAAAAGGGCUUAGCGUCCAAUUUGACUGUCCGUUUGAAUGACUAUAACGUGAUAACACAUCCCUAACCACACCAGUCAUCCAAAAAAUACUCCUCUCAGGGGGUACAAUAGGCCAUUUUACAGUUACAGGUGGAAACGAGGCUGGAGUUGACCUUGUUUUGAUACAACCCUUCCUGCUUUAUUAUGUAAAUCAUGUUUUUCUUUUGCAAACUGGUAUUUUUGAAGCAUAAUUUCCAUAAGAAAAGGUCUUUGUAUCAAAACAAGGUCAACCUUAGCCUCACGUUCACUCAAAGGCUGAGAUGCUAAGCUCACAACUGUAAAAUGGUCUAUUUUGAACCUAUUCAACAAAGAACGAAUAAAUUUUACGUAAUUGACUUUUUGUUGUUACUGGAGCAUUUUAGUAUACAGAAACUAAAGAGAAUUACCCCCAACGUCAACUGCAAAACGUAGCUUUUUGGGCAACCGAUUUUUUAACCGUGACAUAGAUACUGUUUCUCUGCUUAUAAGAAGACGUGUUACGUUUUAAACGGAAAUCAGCAAAGAAGUUAUAAGUUGCAGUGACUGAACAGGAUAUCAAACUAUUUCUGUUGAGAAAUGUUAUGCAGACUUCUGUAAUAAUCAAGGCUUAGGUCCAGGAUUCAACGCUAAUGAGAUGACUAUCCUUAUGAUGGCCGUCAUACAGUAUCCUUGUGAAGAGAGGUUUACUAGAAUACCUAGAAUUUUGUCAAAUAUGAAGUAAUAUGAAUGUGACGAACAACCCAGUCAAAUAGGAAGUAAUGAGAAAAGAAUAUCGUUCAAUCCACAACGUAAGUGAUGAUUUCAAUUGUAAAGGAAAGUAUACUUGAAUGUACUUCUGGCCUCAGUUGUUCACUAAACACGGAAAGCAUUAUCCAGUGGAUAGUGAUAUAUCCAGUGGAAAGCGCCAUCCAUCGUUCGAACAACCAGGGCCAGGAGAGCUUACAGAAGUCUGGAUUAUACCCAAAAAUAAAAACCAGGAUUUUGUCAAUGAUGGAUGGUCAUUCCUCUUCAAGUUUCUGUCUCAUUGUAAGAGAUUAUUUUCACCGUUUUUAGAAUUUGCGAGAUCUCUUUUGGAAAAAUUGGAACAGCUAGAUCCGAUAUUUUAUGUUGGCUGUUGAGAUGCUUUUGAGCUUGCUGUGUAGAUAUUGUAAGGGGUUUUUAUAGCCAUAAUUGUGGUCCAAUUAACAAUUUCCUUUGUCACAAAUACGAGUAUAUUCCUUGGCAACAUGACGUAUUUUCCCGAAGGAAUUUUUUAUUCAUUUUGAGCUGAAAACAACAAAAAAAUAUGUGACGGCUUCGCACGUAUGUUGCAAAUAAGCCCUCCCUAAGAUGUAAAAUUAUACCAAAUGCUAUAUUUCAAGGGAAUUUGGUGAGAUUGAUUCAGUGUUUCUAAUGAGAUUAAUAGUAAGUGUUA